GGUGCAACUGAGCCGAAAACUGUGUAUGGGUCAAUAAAACUGUGUGGGGGUCAAAACAUUGACCGCAUCAUAAUACAUCUGCCACUGAUAAACGAUAUUGAACUCAUAGGAUAAAGCCAUUCUGCUCUGUUGUGUAAUCAAUCGCGGACAUGUGGUGAUCGAAGUUAAUUAUAAAUGCUAAAAAUCUGUUUUAAAAUGAAGUGUGUGUUAAUUUUAUGUGUGUUGUUUCAAUUAAGCUUCAUUUUAAUGGUAACAAGUUCUCCUCGAGUGUGUGUAAUUGGAGCUGGCGUUGGAGGAUUAUCAACUGUUCGCUACUUAAUAAAGGAAAAUAUAAAGUUUACGGCUCUAGAAAGUACAAAAUAUGUUGGUGGCACGUGGCGAUACGAUGAACGAGUUGGGCAAGAUGAAUAUGGACAGCCGAUACACACAAGCAUGUACAAACAUUUAAGGACAAAUCUACCAAAGGUUAUCAUGGAACUGCACGAUUUUCCAAUGCCUAAGGACACUCCUUCUUAUCCCCCUUGGGAGAAUUAUUAUAACUACUUGAAAUCAUAUGCUGAACAUUUUGACCUCUACAAGCAUAUAAAGUUCCAACAUCAUGUAACAUCAGUAAAGAAAAUUGAUGAUAUAUGGAGGGUAAAAUACAAACACAUUCCAACCGAAAACGAAUUUGAAGAAGAAUUUGAAUAUGUUGUAGUCGCAGCAGGGCAUCAUAGUAAGCCACAUAGACCUAUUUUUCCAGGAGAACAUCUUUUUAAAGGAACAAUUAUACAUAGUCAUGACUACAGAGUUCCUGAAACGUAUACUUGUCGGAGAGUUUUGAUUGUCGGUUCCGGACCAUCAGGGAUGGAUAUUAGUCUAGAUGUAGCUUACGUCAGCAAGAUCCUUGUUCAUAGCCAUCACUCAAAAAUCGACUUUCGAACACCUUUCCCCAAAAACUACAUAAAGAAACCAGACAUCAAGGAGUUUAAUGGCACAGGAGUCAUUUUUACCGAUGGCACCUAUGAAGACAUUGACGAUGUAAUUUAUUGUACAGGUUACGAAUAUCACUAUCCAUUUUUGGAUGAGAGUAGUGGACUAAACAUUUCUGCACACAGUGUUGUUCCAUUAUACAGAUAUUUAGUUAAUAUAAAUCAACCUACAAUGCUUAUCAUGGGUUUAGUCGUCCGGGCUUGCUUAGUAGUGGCACUGGAUGCUCAGGCUCGAUAUGCUACAGCUCUUAUCAAAGGUGACUUUACACUUCCACCCCAAGAAGUAAUGAUGCGUGAUUGGCAGAGGCAAUACGAUGUUAUUCGGUCAACUGGCCGACCACUGUCUCACAUACAUUUGCUAGCUUAUAAAGAAGAUGAAUACUACGCUGCACUAACAGAAGAAUCUGGAAUAGAGAGAGUUCCGCCGGUAUUUUACAAAAUCCGCACAAUGAAUAUGCAAUCGAUGCUAGAAAAUCUGUAUACGUACAGAAAUUAUGCUUACAAAAUUUUGGAUAGGGAUACAUAUGAAAAAAUACUACUUGAACAUGAAGACAGUCCGAAAAAUAUAGACUGCACAAGUACUUCAUAAAUAAAAUAAAUUACUAGGUAUUUAAUUUACUUACACUUAAAUAAUGUGAUCAAACCACAGACUUUUUACAUAACUAGGAACAACACAAUAUUUUAAACGUUCUCCUCUAAACAACUUUCAAUUAAUGAGAAUGUCGGUGUUUAGUUUAUGAAAAACUUGACAUUUAUGAAAAUAAUAUAUGAAUUAAUUACUUAGUUUUAAUAAUUCUAAUUUAUUUUUACAUUGCAUUAUGUAAACUUUGCAUUUAGAUACGCACUUAAUUUUAUAAAAUAUCGGACUAGAUACGUAAUAAAACCAAAUAUUUAGUAUUUGUACUUAGUUUUAUUUCUUAAUUAAUUGGUAACACUUAUAAACUUUAUGUUACAACUUUAGUUAACUAGUUAUUCUAGGUAUAAAUGUGUAUAAAAUAAAAUAAGUAACUAUUAAUUACGUUGUUAAGUAGAGAGCAGAAAUAAUAGAAUUGCAUUCAAUAGAUAACUAUGUAUUUACAAAAUUAUUAAUAAGUAAAAUAUACUCUACAGCCAGUUAUAUAAAAAUUUGAAAAGGCUAUAAAAUAAUUAGUUACAAUAUCGAAUUUGUCAAGAAUAUCAAUAACUUUGUCAUCAACUCAAUCAAAAUACUAAUUACCUAUUUAUUAUAAAGUUACAUUAUUCGAACAUAAGGACGGAAUUAAGUAAAGCUUGGUGCCUAUUUACCUACUACCACACUACUUAGUAGCAAUUUAAUUUUCAUAACGAAUUAUGCUGUCAAAUACGAAAAAAAUACUAUCACACACUGCAGCACAGAAACAGUCAUUAUUUAA